GUGCAGUGCCGUCUCUGUUCCAUUGGACGCCCGUGUUUCUUUAUUUUAUAGUCAGACCUGAGUCUAGGCAACAGAAGAAACCCUCGGUUACAUUAGUAAACAAACAUCUGCCCGGAAGUUGUUGGUACGACCCGGAAUAGCGUCCGUCCCCGGAACUAACGUUAACUGUUUGUGUGUCACAUCGUGGUGAGGACGGCGGAGUAAAAGGCGCCAGUGUUUAGUUUCUUAAGAAGAAAGAAAGGUCCCAAACUGCUGGAUGUGGUUUUAAAAGCUGGAACAAAGCUACACAGAGCAGGUUGGUUUUCUCUUUUAAUGUCGCAGGGAGUCGGUGCUAAAGCUAAGGUUAGCCGCUAGCAGCUAGCUCCUGCUAAGCUAACGUGUUGUUGUAUUUCCUGCGCGCUGCUCUGUGGACUUCCACGGCAAUCACAAAGAAGAAAGUUUGGAAGUUUUUCAAGGAUAUUGAAAAUGAGCCACGGUCGUAAAUGCAGUGUCCCAGGCUGUACAGGGAACGGUGGCACUUGUCAUAGUCUCCCCAAGGAAGCAGACAGCCGACGGGCAUGGCUGGUGUUUCUCUAUAAGAAGAUCCCUGUGAAGUUCGACACUAAAUUAUACAUUUGCUCGAACCAUUUCACCGAAGACAGCUUUGAAAACCUUGGACAGUUUAGAGCAGGAUAUGCUAAGCUGCUGUUGCUGAAAAAAGGGACUGUUCCGACCGUGUGGUCGUCACAACAGCAAGCUAGCAGUGAGGUGGGGGGAAGCUCAUACAUGGAGAAGGAGGGUCUUAUAAGAACUUUGGACCUCCUUCAUGGAAGUGGUGUGAAGUUGGACUGUAUUAUCACCGAUCAUCACCCUCAGAUCCAAAAGUUCCUGAGAGAACGUAAAAUCACCCACUCCUACGAUGUAUGGCAUGUAGCCAAAGAUAUACCUCCAGACGUUCUGGAAGUGAUUAUUGGUGAAGAGGAGCAGCAGGAGUUGGUGGUUAAAGAAGAGGUUCCCCCUGAGCAGCAGGAGUGUAGCUCCAGUGUGGACCAGCAGGAGCCAGAGCCCCCCCCACACAUUAAAGAGGAACAGGAGGAACUGUGGAGCAGUCAGGAGGGAGAGCAGCUUCAAGGGCUGGAGGAGGCUGAUAUCACCAAGUUCCCAUUCACUCCUGUCCCUGUGAAGAGUGAAGAUGAUGAAGAGGAAGGUAGGAACAACGUUAACAGGGUUUUUAGGGGAAAUAAAGGGGGGGAAAUCUAUAGAAGUCAAGAGCAAAAAAGUUCAAGAGAACCCGGUUUAUUUUAUUUUAGGAGUAGGGUUCCUUUCAUACUAGUUUCGCAUGUCCAGACCUUCCUCCACACUCAUUCCAGCUCACAGCAGCAGAUGAAGGUGCUGAAGUGGCAGCAGAGGAUGAUAAAGAACCGGGAGUCGGCCUGCAUGUCGAGGAAGAAGAAGAAGGAGUACCUGCAGAACGUGGAGGCUCAGCUCCGGGAGGCCCAGCAGGAGAAUGAACGUCUUCGCCGAGAGAACCAGACGCUGAGGGAGAGACUGGCCGGGAGAGAGGUGAGGGAGGGAGGAGGUGACUCUUCAUCUUCUCCUUCUUUAAUAAUUCAUCUGACUUUGCCCUGA